AUGACUAUUACCGAAGUCGGCUGCAUGGGCGUUAAGCCUUCACUUGAUGUCAUCAAUGACAGUACGACAGAGGGCCAAAUUUUGACCAAGCUAUACAAAUAUGUCGUAACUGCACCUGGAGGACCCCUUCGGGUGUAUUGGGGCCUUGAGAUUGAAAAUCCGUCCUACCUCUGGGCACUGUUUGACUGGAAUUCGAUUCAAGAUCACGAGAAUUUUGCUAAAACUCUAGGCCAGGAAGCCGCAAAGGAAUCGCCAAAAAUUCUCACCCAUGGCUUAUUUACAGAGCACAUUACCGCCACACAAUCACUACCAGUGGCUCUACAGUCUCCUAUAACAGAGGUCAUCUUGGCUUAUUUUCCCUCGGAUAUUUCAUCGGCUCAGAAAGAUGCAGCUAUCACAAAUCUCAAAAAUUCCGAGAAAGAUCUUCUGAUCUUUCCCGACAUUGGGGCUCUGAGCUACGGUUGGGGCGUGGAAAGCGACUUCCCCGUCAGAGAUGGACAAGAAAACCAGAGAGCAUCAAUCCUUAUGUCCUUCAUUGGACUUGAUAGUAUUGAUGCGCACACCAAAUUUAGGAAGACACCGACAUUUGAGAAGCUGUUGAGCUUGAUCAAGAACAUGGAGAAGAUCAUGAAGCUGGAGUCUCUCUCCGUCAGUUUCCGAUCGCUGACCAGGAACACUGAAGAGGAGACUAUUGAGGACAUGUAA